UAACUUCCGACUGUUUGUUUUCUACAGGAAGGGAAGCGAAGGAGACAGGAUUAAUUUCGGGAUUUAAAUGUCAAAAUGGGGGCUUGUCUGGCAUUGUGCUCUUUAGCAAGUUGUGCCUCCUGUCUGUGUGGCUCAGCACCAUGCCUCCUGUGUGGCUGCUGUCCCUCCACCAACAACUCCACCAUCACACGGCUGGUUUUCUCCUUCUUUUUGCUGCUGGGGACCAUGGUGUCUGUCAUCAUGAUCCUUCCAGGAAUGGAGACACAGCUUCGGAAAAUCCCAGGAUUUUGCCAAGGAGGAAGUUCCAUACCUGGUUUUGAAAACAAGGUUAACUGUGAUGUCAUCGUGGGCUAUAAGUCUGUGUACCGCAUGUGCUUCGCCAUGACCUGCUUCUUCUUUCUGUUCUGCGCCAUCAUGAUUCGUGUCCGUAGCAGCAAAGACCCACGUGCAGCUCUUCAAAAUGGGUUCUGGUUCUUUAAAUUUCUGAUCCUGAUUGGGAUUACAGUGGGCGCUUUUUUUAUCCCUGACGGAACAUUUCAUACUGUGUGGUUUUACUUCGGAGUAGUGGGGUCCUUCAUCUUCAUUCUAAUCCAACUCAUUCUUCUCAUCGACUUUGCCCACUCCUGGAACAAGGUGUGGGUAGAAAAUGCUGAAAAUGGUGACAACAAAUGCUGGUUUGCAGGUCUCCUGUCUUUUACCAUCCUCCACUAUGCACUGGCUAUCACUGCUGUGGUGCUUUUCUACAUUUACUACACACAGCCUAACGACUGCACGGAGCACAAGGUCUUCAUUAGCCUCAACCUGAUCUUCUGCAUCAUCAUCUCAGUUGUUUCCAUCCUGCCCAAGAUACAGGAAGCUCAGCCACACUCUGGUUUGCUCCAGGCUUCACUCAUCUCCCUUUACACCAUGUAUGUCACAUGGUCUGCAAUGACCAACAAUCCAAAUCGAAAGUGUAACCCCAGCCUGUUGAGUCUCGUGUCAAACGUCAGCGCCACUGAACCACCUGGUGAGGGCAGCCACGGACAGGUGCAGUGGUGGGACGCUCAGGGCAUUGUUGGUUUGAUCAUCUUUCUCUUCUGCACUCUCUAUGCCAGUAUCCGUUCGUCCAGUAACACCCAGGUAAACAAGCUGAUGCAGACAGAGGAGGGCAGUGGGUCAGGUGGAGAGGGUGUGGUGGGAGAGGAUGGCAUACGCAGGGCCGUGGACAACGAGGAGGAGAAAGUCUCUUACAGCUACUCCUUUUUUCACUUCCACCUCUGUCUGGCCUCGCUGUACAUCAUGAUGACUCUCACCAACUGGUACCAACCGGACACCACCACUCAGGCCAUGCAGAGCCGUAUGCCAGCCGUGUGGGUGAAGAUGAGCUCCAGCUGGCUGGGUCUUGGCCUCUACCUCUGGACUCUCAUCGCCCCUCUCAUCUUCCCUGACAGGGAUUUCAGCUGAGUACUCCUCGUCUCUCAGCUGUAUUUUGGUUAUGUUUUCUUGCCGAGUGUAAUAGGCACAGUGAAGGACGCUGUGAAGGAAAUGGUAAGGAUGUCAUAAAGGAAAUAUGCUUAAUUUCUUUUUAUUCCUUUUUCAAUUAAUUGCCUCUGCUGUUAUGUGCUUGUGUUGUUUUACUACUCUCUCAGUAUGAUUAGUGUGUUAGUCACUGCAGGUAUUAAAAAGUGUAAGUGGAUAUUUUUUUAGUUAGCCUGAUUGAUGGUGGUUUUAGCUACAAGAAGUUAUUUUCUUUGCCAGUGUCUCACCUUCAUAGGCAACUCCCUACCUUCGGCCUGAUGUAGUCUGAGCUAUCACAAAGACUCAACAACAAGGCACUUUCUCAAUACCUCAGACAUUUCAGUAACAGAUUCCCUUUUAAGGGCCUGUGAGAUCUGACCUCUGAUUGGCCAGGUCUGGAAUCCCUGAUUAGCUGGACGCUUUUAGCGCUGGGGGCGACGAGGAGAACCCUCCGCGGGAGCCCCAGAGAGAGUCGAGUGUGAGAGUUAGAUAAGACUAAUAUGACACACCCUACAGAUCAUAACAGGGCUUCCCUUUUGCUACUGGGCCAUAUGCAAAUUUACGUCAUCACACCUUGAGCCAGAGAGUCCUAAUAGACCACAAGUCUAAUCUCAGCUCUUCCUCGUCCGCUCCAACAUAGGGCCAUUUAUCUCUGGUGCUACGCCUUUCCAUGUCUGACUGUGUUUGGCCUUGUACAGCCACGGGCAACAAUCUGUACCUGUAUAGCAGCGUGCUUGCAGCAGGGAGACAUGUAUUGAUCCAUAGCAGUCAGCAUCAUGUGCAGCGGUACGGUCCAGGAGGUGAUGGCGGGAACUCCACACUGCCUGUGCUCUCAUAAAUGCUGGUAUUUCCCAAAUGUUGCAGGGCAUGUUGUUCAGUUGAGGAAAAAAGGGAUAUUUUAUUGUUGCAGUGUACAAAACAAUAAGGAAAUUUCCGAAGUGAUAAAUUGCUGUUAAACGGUAUCGACUUUCAUAGUAUGUUGAUGGUUGUGACGGUGGUACGAUAAUUUUAUGCAUUAUAUGGUAUUUACCUCAAUUUCAAUAUGAAUGGAAUAAGUUAUAAUAAUACCAGUAUGUUUUGUACUUGUAAAUGUUUUUGGUACAAUCCUGAAAAUAAUAUUUGUCUAUGUUAUGUUCUGAAACAUUUCAGUGCCCGCACAUAUGAAUCCAAUUUCCUGUUACUCUGGCUGUACAUGAGUAGUGAAUGGAGUUUUUCAAAGUGUUCGAUAAAUUCAAUCUCUCUUUUUUUUUGGGUAUUAAUUUUCUUUAUUAAACAUGUCAAAUGUAUUGUAUGUUUCACUGUUAACACCAAACUUGGGAGAUUAUUUAGGCAGAAUUGCCAAUGUUGGGUCAUAACGUAAUAUUUUAAAACACUAUUAAGUGCCUUUUUGUAGUCCUGCGUUUCAAACAGAGUCAAACACUAAUGCUGACGUGUGCUUGUUAUGCCUUGCCUUACAUUGUGGUGAGUCAGUCAUUGCAUGCCAAGAAGGCAUAGGCCUAUGACAUGAAUUAAUAUUGUAAUGUAUAAACACUGUUUUUAAUAAAGAUGGGGAAUUAUAGAUCA